AUGUCGUUCGCUACAUGGAGAUGGCUAGUGAUGAAGACGCGAGAUUCGAGAUCCUUCUUCUUCACGUUCGCCACUUUCUGCGGUGUCAUUCCUGGCAUAAUUGGCUAUGGUGUUAUGCAAGUCACCAAUUCCACUAACCCGGAGCUCGAGGCCCGUCUCCGGAAAUCCGCACGGCCAGAUACCGUCAUGAUGGGUAAAGUAAACCAAGAGAGGCUAGCUGAAUACCUCGGUGAGUUGAAACAGAAGCAAGACACCAACGACAGAUACGUGGCUGCUCUAAGGGGAGAGACUCUAACCAGGAAGCCUUAUCAAAGAAUCCAACCAGUGCCAAAGCCAGACGACACUGUGACGACGACAACCAAAGCUCAGUAA